AUGCCUUCCGACGAGAAGUCACAUUACACUCCGCCGCCACCAGUACCGAGCUACGAGGAGGCCACGCGCGGCUAUAGCAACAACAAUGCUUCAUCGUCAUCAUCAAAUCCCGACUGGCGGCCGCCCGCGUCGCCGAUAGACACGAGACCAGACUCCGAGACCGAGGCGCAGGGUCUGCUCGCGUCAUCGUCGUCGAGGCCGCGGCGGACAACACCGGCAGGCUACCAACCGCCACGCGUGGACAGCGACGAGGACGAGGACGGCGCGUCAGAAUGGACACUCGAAAGCGACCGCGAUGAUGACGACGACGACGACGACCCGAACCACAACGGGGGCGAUGUUGGCGGGGCGCGGACGCGGCGCGAGAUGGAGGAGCUCGAGAUCGAGGAUCCGCUGAACGGCAGCAGCGCGAGUAGCAGCUCCCGAUCCUCACGGAGCCUGCUCUGGAGGAAACGGCUCGCGCUGCCCAAUUGGAAGUGGAGGUGGCGGAUCCCGCGGAUGACGGUGCGGCUCCCCAGACAGAGCGACGGUGUUGCUGCUGGCAGCGGCAGCGGUAGCGCUGGUGACGCGGAGGCUGGCGGGGAGAGCGCCGCCACGCAGACGAUACGCGAGCGGCUGCGCGAGCGCAUGCCCGAGAUCGACAGCAGUGCGGCGUUCAUUCUCAUCGGCAGGCUGGUGGGCCUCACGAUCGUGCUGGGCUUCAUAUACCUGCUUUUCAUGAGCGACCUCUUCACCAGCAUGUCUCGCCGGAUAGGCGGGCAGAUGUUCGACCCGGAGGCUGUGCGCCAGCACGUCGUCAUGAGCAUCGACACUGCUCGCAUGCGGGACACGCUGAAGCACUUUACGAGCUACGCGCAUAUCGCCGGCACGGAGGGCGACUAUGCGCUGGCCAAGGACGUGUACAACCACUUCCUCCGGAGUGGCUUGGACGAGGUGCACGAGGACGACUACCAUGUCUACCUCAACUACCCCACGAAGGACGGGCGGGCCGUGCAGAUCAUGUCCGAGGACGGGGACAAGGCGAUCUGGUCCGCCAAGCUUGACGAGCCCGAGAUUGGAGGCGAGAGUGCUGGACACCAAACGUAUGCCUUCCACGGCCACUCGAAAGCCGGCGACGUCAAGGGCCACCUGAUUUACGCCAACUACGGGUCGAGAGAGGACUUCCGGAAGCUGAAGGAGAUGGGCAUUGACACGAAGGGCGCGAUUGCGCUUGUCCGAUACUACGGUACACAAGGGGAUCGCGCGUUGAAGGUCAAGGCUGCGGAAUUGGCCGGCUUCGCUGGCUGUCUCAUCUACAGCGAUCCGGCCGACGAUGGCUUCCUCAAGGGCGAUGUGGCACCCUCGGGUCGGUAUAUGCCCGCAGACGGCGUACAGCGAGGCUCUGUCAGCUUGAUGAGCUGGGUUGUGGGUGAUGUGCUGACCCCUGGAUGGGAGAGCAAGCCCGGCCUGCCGCGCAUGAAGGUUGAGCAGACAAAUGGUCUUGUGCGGAUCCCAAGCUUGCCUCUCGCUUGGAGGGAUGCGCAAGUCUUGCUGCAGCACAUCCAAGGCAUGGGUCAGCCCGUCACGGAAGCCUGGCGUGGCGGCGUGCCUGAUGUCGAGUGGUGGACUGGAAACUCCUCCUCGCCGAUUGUCCGCCUGAAGAACGAGCAGGACGAGGUCGAGCAGAAGACGAUCUGGAACAUCUAUGGCAAGAUCGCUGGCAUCGAGCAGACGGAGAAAUCCAUCAUCAUCGGCAACCACCGCGACGCGUGGGCCUUUGGCGCGGCGGACCCCAACUCGGGCACGGCCGUCAUGCUGGAGGUUGUGCGCGUGUUUGGCGAUCUUGUUGCGCGCGGCUGGCGGCCCUUGCGCUCGAUCGAGUUCAUGAGCUGGGAUGCGGAAGAGUACAACCUGAUCGGCAGCACGGAAUAUGUCGAAGCGAACGUGGACGAGCUUCGCAAGAACGCGUUUGCCUACGUCAACCUCGACACCGCGGUGACUGGCAGCGAGUUCCAUGCCGCCGCAUCUCCAGUGUACCGCAAGCUCCUCACUCGCGUGCUCGACCGCGUGCAGGACCCCAACUUCAAUGCGUCGCUGCGCGCGCUGUGGGACGGGCGCAACGGCGAGCUGGAGGGACUGGGAGCUGGCAGUGACUACGUGGCCUUCCAGGACAUUGCCGGCACAAGUUCGAUCGACAUACACUUUGACGGUCCGAUGCAUCCCUACCACUCGUCAUAUGACAAUUUUGACUGGAUGUCGCGAGUGGGUGACCCGGGCUUUGUGUACCACAACCUCCUUGGUCGGGUCCUGUCGUUGAUCAUCCUGGAGCUGUGCGACCGGCCCGUGCUGCCGUUUGACAUGGGCAACUACAGCCUCGCGCUGGAGAAGUACGUUGCAGACCUCAUCAAAUGGGUAGAGGAGCUCAAGCUCCAGGACAAGGUGCACCUGGCCCCGGUCAGGGACGCCGUGCAGGAGGUCAAGACCGCGGUGGAGGAGUUUGAGAAGUGGGAGGACGAGUGGCAGCGGGCCAUUAUCCACUCGAACGGUUGGGAGGCCAACAGCGUCACGCGUUCGCGCAUCGCUUACAACAGCCGGAUGGCGGCGUUUGAGACUGCGCUCCUGGAUUUGGAGCCUGGCGGUGGUAUCACGAACCGCACGCAGUUCAAGCACGUCGUCUUCGGACCGCAGCUGUGGUCCGGCUACGACGAGGCAUACUUCCCCAACAUCCGCGACGCCAUUGACGCCGAGGACUGGAAGCUCACGGAAACCAUUAUCCAAAAGACGGCGCGCAUCUUGCGGCAAGCUGCGCUCAGCUUGCUGCCCAGCGAGGAGGCGGCGUAG